UCCAAAUAAUAUGUAGCGGCGCACGCCAGAGAGCGGGCGGUCACGUGACCCUCCACGACACUGGUGCAGGCAGGGAGGCUGCGAGGCUCCAUCCCUUUAUCACCCCCCAUUCAGACGGUGCUCGGCUGGAAACGAGGUGCCACAAACAGGAAAAGUCAGUCUCCUUGCGCCGCACGCAGUGUGCUCGCUGCACCCUGGCCUGGUAACAAUGGCACGCCAGCCGCUGCUCGACAAGAAGUUUCUUUUCUUCUGCCUUGUAGUCGGCAUCUUCUCGACCAUUGUUAUUCAAGGGGCGGAAGCCAAGGGCGGAGGAGGGGUCGGAGGCAUCGCCGGCACCACCAGCGACGCGUCUGACCCUUACGGGCGCAAAGGCAGCGCUAUCAGCUCGGCAAAGUCCACUUACAAAUAUCGCGCAGGAGGGUACCAUGGCGGCGGCACCUACGGACGCGGGGUGGUCGACGAGAACCUGCCGUGGUGGAAGCUGCUGCUGAUCAUAAUGGCCGUGUGCUUGAUGGUCUUCUGCAUUUUGCUGCUGUGCUACUGCAUCCGAGCCUCGCAGGAGCCGGACGAGCGGCAGGCAAAGGUCACCGAGUACCUAAAGCACCAGGAGGAGCAGCUCAAGGGCGGCUUCCCCAUCAUCCCUCAGCCCAUCCUUUACCCGAGCAGCAACGGCCAGCCCGGGGUGGCCCCGAAGUCGCCAGCUCGCGUGCCCGAGACCACCUUCUUCCCGCCGGCGAUGGAGUCCCUGAGCACCACGUCCACCCUGCUGCCGCCUGAGGCGCCCACCCCGUCCUCCUCAACCUCCGAGACGCCGGCGCCAAUCGGCUUCUACAUCCCGCCGGAGAUCCAGCAGGUGUACACGUCAGAAGAAGUGCAGCAGGCUGCAAGUGUCAUCCAAGAGCAACCCCUUGAGAAAUACUAACUGUUUGGUGAAAAAAUCACACGCGCGCGCACUAUGAAAAAUUGGGAUGAAUUUUUUAAGCUGUGACCCCUAAAAUGUGAUUUUUUUCAUAAGAAAUUGAUAUAAAUUGAUUAAAUUAUUGACCCAAAAUAAAAAAGAUUGUAAUUUUUUUAAUUUUUAUAUUCAUAAUUUCAUAAAAAUUGACAUAAUUUUGGCAGUAGCAGGUAGGGCACAGAACUGCUAUUGUUGGAAAUUAUGGAAAGGAAUUUUUCAAUCUUGCCGUUUAAUCCAACUGAAAUUUGCUCUAUAACAUUGGCCUACUCAAUAAUCCUCGAUAAAAUAAUUUUAAACCCAAACUUGUGACUUUCACUAUCAAAAAUUUCACCAUAGAGUUUGAUCAUUUUCGCAAUUUAAUUGUGGAUAGGGAAUAAAUAUAAAUUUUAACUUUUAAUGUUUUCCUAAUUUAAAUUUUCAAUCCCUCAAUUAAUAUUUCUGUUGUAAAGGAAGUUAAAAUUAAUUAUUAGUAAUUAACUUAAAACAAUGCAAUUAGUGAAAUUAUUAUAGAGGCCACAGCAUUCCCCAUCUUAGUCUUUAAAAGUGCGGCAGUUGUAUCCCGACUUAUCCAUUGGAAAAAGGGGUGCCUUUGAUACACAAACAAGGACUGCUUAAGUCAUUAUGUACCUAACAAAGAAGAUUUAUCGACGUCAACUGACAACUUUCGAACUUGCUAUUUGGUUACUCGGGACUAAACCGUUCAACGUCUCGAGAGUUAUGUAGUUCACAAGAAUGUGAUUGAUCAUUUUGGGAAUAUUUUUAUAUAUAUACGGACUUGCUUUCCGCAAAUAUAUAAGUUCUUGUGGACCUGUCGAAUGAGCACAGGCACCACAUGCUAGGAUAUCAUUCUCCAUCAUUUCCACUUUUGUCAGCACAGGAAUUAAAAGGCGCCACUGACAUUUUCUGAUAUUUUUGCUUCCUUUGAGAUGUUUUAUGUCAUGUGAAUAUAAUUAUAGAUGAAUAGCAUCAUAUUCCGAAAGUCGGCUUAACAAGAUGAACACUAAAAAAAAUGCCUACAGAAAACAUAAAAAAUAUGUACAAUCAAAUGAAUUGCUUAAAUGAAAAUAACUAACAUCAAGUACCAUGGCACCAAUUUAGCUGUUUCAGAAAAACUUUUAACAUCCAAUUAUCUUUUACCAUCACUUUCACUACAGCGCAGUUUCAUUAGUGCCAAAACUAAAUAAUUACAAAAUGUUAAUAAAUCAAAUAUUUAAAUUUGUUGAAAUUGAACAAAAAAAAAAAUUAAGUGCAACUAAUUGGCUGCUCAAAGUUGCAGAUAUUUUCAUUCAAAACUAAAUAUGUAUUGCUAAAAAGAGGCUCAACGGAUGAGCUUAUGAUAGAUAAAAAGCUGUUGAUUCUUUACUGUAUACAUUAAUCUAAAAAAUAUAUAUUAUAUUAUGACAUAGGAGAAUAAUAAUUUAGAUGGCAAACCGUAUAUAUUAUAAUUAUCAAGCAUGACACUAAUUUAUUAUUGCUAUGGGAUAAAAUUAGCCGUGUGUAUUAAUGGAAGUCAAAAAGUAGUUAUAUAGAUGUUGUCAAGCCACGUUUAACAAAAUACCCUGAUAGAGAUAGAGACAUCUUGCCACAGUUCAUGUUCCUUCCCUGUCAAAUGCACAUGUUAAUCCACCACUGGGAAUGUAAGAAUAUAAUACAUUAAUCAAUUUCCCAUCAUUAUAAAGCGAUGUUUUUACAAAAAAUAUACCAAUACGUCAAGGAACCUCGUUAUUUGAUUUAAUUUCUUAUUACAAUGGUCUGCUGUGAGAAGCAACAAAUAAAAGCAAUUGUGAU